CGAAGAAGGCGGGUUAGAACUAUUGGAGGUUGGAGUAAAAAUCUCGUCGGAGUUGGCACUGGCCUGUUCUCGUUUUUUUUCUGAAGCCAACUUAACACCUAGGUAGAGACGCAGGACCUGAACACGACAAUAACAUGGAUUACGGAAUUGUUCGAGGCUCUUUAGUAUUCGUGUAUAAGCAACGACGGCAUUAAAGAUAUUUCGUUCGCCAACGACAAUCAUAUUGCCAGUGAUUGACUUUGAGGCGAUUGCGACCUCGCAGAAUCUACGUUACCCUGGAGAUGUAAGAUACGGUAACCAUUAUGAUGUCAUGUCACGUAACACGCUACCAAUUGGCUAAUCAUUGAGACAAAGGUCACCAGAGCGCAACCCGUGAGCGAAACCUCAGAAGUCAUCGUUAUUGAAGACCAAGUGUAACUUUUUACGAAUCUAUCUUUGAGGCACUUCCUCAAUUGAAAAGAUUCUAGUCAACGGACUUUCCGGAUCAAAAUGUCCGGGGCAAUAUCACGUGAGAACACUUACGUCAGUAAGGCGAGAAAACACGAGAGUUUGGUUCCACUGCGAGACCAGGGGAUGUUGGAUAGAAAGAUGUCGGGGUUGGAUGAAAAGUUGGCGAGAAAGAUACAACAGCUGGAACUGGAGGAGAGACGCGCAAAAGUUGCAGCAGAAGACGACAUAAAACAGAUUGUUUAUGAGGAAAUAAAUAAGCCUCCGAGAAAGAGACGGACUGGUGUGUGUGACGUCACAAGGAUUGAUCACGUCUGCAACAAUGAUGAGGUCACUGGUCCAAGACCUCGUCAUUCCACUGGCGAUAAUGCAUACUCGGACCGGAAAUACAUGUACUCUUCUGUCAUUGGCGAGUCGAAAAUGAACAGAAGAAGAUCGUCCAAUGAGAAUGAAGGUUACACAGAGAGAUCGAUUCUGUUUUCGGCGAAGAGAAAUUCAAACUCUGAUCAAGUCAGCCGCAGUUUUUCUGACGGAAGUACAUGUACCCGUUUAUCUGACAAACCUAGCCGCGUUUCCACCGGAAGUGCUAGUUUAUCGGACAGAAUUAAGCGAUUUUCUACCGGAAGUUACAAUUCUGUUGUCAGCAUGGACAGCCUUCUUGGCCCAGAGAGUCCCUCUGUCGGUAACGUACGACAGAAUCAGUUCGCAUUUGACGCUGCGGCUUGUCCCAAGAGAGCACCUGUAAGGGUUAACAGCGACAACAGUCUUCUGAGUAGACUCAACGGCGGAGUGCGCAAGCGCAGUGAUGUCACUGGAAGUAAUGGUGGGCGACGUAUGUCACUUCCUGCCGGUCAAAUUCACCCCACCAUUCCACCCUUGUAUCUUGCAAGUAAUGGAAAGCUACAGAAGCGUAACUCGGCAGAACGGAUGUAUUUUCCAAGUACAGCGAGCACCAGGCCACGAAAGCCCCCAAAACGGGCCCCAUUGAGCCUGGAGCAGCUGAGACACGACACAGAUUAUUGCGAUCACCUUUUGAGGCGCGCUUCUAACAUGUCUAAUGACAGUGGAUUCUUGGGAGAUGGGAGCGAGGAUGACUAUGAGUCUCUCAGGCAUUGUCGAUACCUUAGGAAACCCGCACACAAGACUGGUGAUGAGGAUGAAUGUUAGGACUGAUUCCACUCAAUCGUUUUGCCGCUGCGGUCGUCAUUGCCGCAAAACUAGGCUCGGCCCAAACAAUAAUAAAAGUAUAACAUCUAUCUGAUUCCGUUGCUAAGACAUUUGUCUUUCGCCGCGCUGCCCACGAAGAAGGCAUACCACCAGGUAUGAAGGGCGUUAAGCGCUCUUAAAAUCGCAUCUCAGUUCGUUCAUCCACACGUUAUCCUGAUGAGCACACGGACUAUAGUACACCCGUAUUGUUGACACUGCUGGUUACCAAGGGCCCGAGUCUUCGACCCCAGAACCCAGGAUUGUUUUCUACCAAGAUGAACCGGCGUGGCCUUCAAAGAACUAAAUUUUUUGGCGUAGUUCGAGGCUCAGUAUAUGAGAUACAUCAAUGAGUUGAGGGUCUGUCUGAUGAGACUGAAAGCCGUGGUCCCUUGUACCAAGGCAUGCACAAUAUUCCUUAUAUAUGGACAGCAGCCUAUAUGGACUCAAUGCCCCCGGAAAAAAUCCAAUAGGAUUACGAAGCCGAUGUAUAUUCUGACCGGUAGCCGCAUUCAAAUUGGCUCACGGAUACUGAUAAGCUGGUUGAAUCAAAUGCAAAGCAAGUUGUGCUAUAGCUCAAGAAAAAAUGCCCUUCCGAAGUUCUCAUUAUCUUCGUGCCGUUGAAAGGUAUCAGCUCUACCCAAUAUCCAUCCCAUCGCGGAAGUAAUUUAUUUUAUUGUUUGUCUUCGACUUACAUGGUCGAUCAUGUGGGCCAUACUGUUCCAUCUGCAGGGAAAAUGGGCCUUCGUGAUCUCAAGAAAGUUGUACGGAGAGGGCUGUUCAAAUCAAUAUAAAAUUGCGGCCGAGGUCGAUGUUAUAAGUCGUAACCGAGUAAUCGCAUCAUGCAAAAUCAUUUAGCCAUGCUCCAACUGCAUCAAUCAUGUUUAACCUAAAAGCUUGCAUGGUAUCCGCUAAAACAGAGCUCUUCCGGCCGUUCGUAGUAAUCCCUGUUUUGGGAUUCAAAGUUAGUGUUUACGAGCUCUUUCUUUUCACUAUUCGAAAACUGGUCACAUCUGAUCACCAGUUC